UGCUCUUUUCUCUCUCCUUUGAUUCAUCGGAUUCAAGUAAUUGAGAUCAGGAUCGUUUUGUGUGAAAACCAUCAAUAAUGGCGGGUCCAUCGAGCUCAUGGUCGCGAGCGUUAGUUCAGAUCUCUCCGUACACCUUCUCCGCCAUCGGAAUUGCCAUUGCCAUCGGCGUUUCAGUGCUUGGUGCUGCUUGGGGAAUAUAUAUAACUGGAAGUAGUUUGAUUGGUGCUGCCAUCAAAGCUCCUCGGAUUACCUCCAAAAAUCUGAUUAGUGUAAUUUUUUGUGAAGCGGUUGCUAUAUAUGGUGUUAUUGUGGCCAUCAUUCUUCAAACAAAGCUCGAGAGUGUACCUGCCUCACAGAUUUAUGCACCAGAAUCUCUUAGAGCUGGCUAUGCAAUUUUUGCUUCUGGUAUCAUUGUGGGCUUUGCCAAUCUUGUCUGUGGGUUGUGCGUUGGAAUAAUUGGAAGCAGCUGUGCUUUAUCUGAUGCACAGAACUCCUCACUUUUCGUUAAGAUCCUCGUGAUCGAGAUUUUUGGUAGUGCACUUGGGCUGUUCGGUGUUAUUGUGGGAAUUAUCAUGUCAGCUCAAGCAUCUUGGCCAUCCAAGGGUGCAUAAGCCUUCACAUUAUGUGCUUGUCAUUAAUUUCAUAACAAACGCAUUAGUCUUGGCCAUCCAAGUCUGUGUGAGUCUUUGCAUUAUGUGUUUGUUGUCAGUGUUUAAAUUAUACUGUAUUCUGUAUUAUAUGCGUUUGCACGAGUCCUUUUUUGUCCCUUUCUUCUUUUUGGCCUUCCACAGUUGCAUUUUGAUGUGCAAUUACUGUGUCAACUUCUUUUGUUAGUCUGUUCAUUGAUGUAAUUUUUCUUAAUAAAGCUAUUGAGUACUAGUUCAUCUACUCUAUUUCAAAAAUUGUAUAACUUA